AUGGCCAGCCAAAUGAGCUCCCCCAUUUACUACAACUUCUCCUCCGAGUUGAGCAGCCAGCAGCUGCCCUCUGCUCUGGUCGAUCGCAGUGGGCCAAACUGGCGUCCGGAGAUUCACUCGGACAAUCGAAAUGUCCGCCAGAUUAACCUCGACGCGGGCAACGAAAACGCUCUUCCUGGUAGUGAGUCGAGCGGCAACCAGAGCGGCCCACAGCUGGUCAUCUGGGGCACUGAUGUGUCGGUCAACAAGUGCCGAGAACUGUUCAAGAAGUUCAUCAAAACAUUCAAGUUGGAGAGCAACCAAAAUCUGGAGUAUGACGAGCGCCCCAGCAGCCAGGACUUUAUGGACAUUGACGUGGAUUACCAGAGUCGCGAUAAUCCGCAUUAUCUGGGCAAGCUGAAGGAGACUUUGCUGUUGGGAAAAUCGCACUUUGACGUGAACUGUGAACACAUUCACAAGUUCAAUGAGAACUUUUACCGUCAGCUGGUACACUACCCGCAGGAGGUGAUUCCAACCAUGGACAUGACCCUGAAUGAGCUGAUCAAUGAACUGUUCCCGGAGAGCGUUCGCGAAAACGAGCGCGUUUGCGUUCGCCCGUUCAAUGUGCUGAAGACGUCCAACAUUCGCAGCCUGAACCCGGAGGAGAUCAACCAGCUGAUCACCAUCUCCGGCAUGGUCACCCGUGUCUCGAACAUCAUCGCGGAGAUGUGCGUCGCCUUCUUCGAGUGCACCGUCUGCAACUGGAGCACCACCGUGGAGGUGGAUCGCGGCUCGAUCAACGAGCCACAGGUGUGUCGCCACUGCAACACCAAGUUCUCCUUCCGUCUGGUGCACAAUCGCUCCAAGUUCACGGACAAGCAGCAAAUUAAGCUGCAGGAGUCGCCGGAUGACAUGCCCGCCGGUCAGACGCCCUACACCGUCCUCCUCUACGCCUGCUCCAGCCUGGUCGACCAGGUGCAGCCGGGUGAGCGCAUCACCAUCACGGGCAUCUACCGCUCCACGCAGAUUCGCGUCAACCCGAAGAUUCGCAACAUCAAGUCGGUUUUUCGCACGCACAUCGACGUGGUGCACUACCGCAAGGCGGAGA